AAAGGUUUUGUCUUGCCUAAUUCAGGAUUGUUGUGUCGUGAGUACUCUCAGUCAGCUGGCUCAAAGAUCCAGAGGGAAAUUAGUGUCAAUGCUGCUUGAUCUUUUUCACACAAAGUGAAAAUGGACAAACAAUCGCUCCUGACGUUGCUCCUGCUGCUGCUUCUUUGUCACAAAGGCGACACAGAGUCACAAAAUGUGUGUCCAUACAAAUGCCAGUGUUUCACUCCUGUUCAAGUACUGUGUGCUGAUGAACGCAUGACAUCUUUACCCAGAAACAUGUCCAAGCAGGUCAAGGACUUAAUCAUAAUGACAUCAGCUGUGGCUUACCUGUUCCAGAACACCCUAGAGGAUAGCCCCCAACUCAACAAGCUUAUCUUUUUAAACAAUGGCCUGCGAAGCAUUCACUCUCAUUCUUUUGAGACUCUGACGGAGCUGCAGGAGCUGGAGAUCAGUGGGAACCCCUGGCUGGAGAACUUAUUUCUGGGGACAUUUUCAAAGCAGGGAAACCUCACAAAACUGCUGCUCAACUACAACAAGUUUGGGACGGUGCUUAAUGGCAUGUUUGACUCCCUUAAAAACUUACAGACUCUGCAGAUGAGGGGCAACAUUCUAUCAGAUCUGCCCACAUUUCUUUUCCUGAGCCUGCAUAAUCUGCGCAUCCUGGAUUUGUCCCAAAAUAAGCUUGAAGUGGUGAAAAAAGAGACUUUUUCUGGUCUGGCUAGACUGGAGAUCCUGAAAAUUAACAACAAUCUCAUAAGCAAUAUUUCAUCAGACACAUUUGACAAUGUUUCUCAGCUGAUAGAGCUUAACUUGGAGGGGAACAAGAUAUCAGAACUUGCUGAUGAUACCUUCUCUGUGUUAACCAAUCUGAGGGUGCUGAACAUCCGUGGAAACCUUCUUACAACCUUCAGCGAUAAAGUGUUUGGAUCAGAAGCUUCAAAUUUAAUGGAGCUGAACCUGAAGGGCAACAGGUUGACACAGCUGUCCUCUCUAAGCAGUUUGAUAUCUCUUACUGACCUCAUCUUGUCUUCCAAUGAGCUUGCAAACCUUCCUGAAGACAUUUUCAGAAAUAUUACAGCCCUAGAGAAUCUGGACCUCUCUGAAAACCAGCUCACCUUCCUACCAGAAGUGAUCUUUCAUGACCUCUUAAGCAUCAAAACAAUUCACCUUCAUAAGAACAACCUUAGCAAGGUAGACGCCAAACUGUUUAAGGACCAGAUGCUCAUUCAGCAGCUCUACCUGUCUGAUAACCAGCUAGAGAGUCUACCGCUGGGCCUCUUGGAACCAUUUGUCAUCCAGCACACACUGAGACUGCAUGGGAACCCCUGGAAAUGUGACUGCCACCUGUGGUAUCUGCAUGACUGGGUACUAAAAAACAGCCAAGACGUAGAGAUGCUAGAAAAGGUGCUCUGUGAGAGCCCGGGUUUUCUGAGGAAACAGACAGUCGUCUCCAUUGACAAUAACCAGCUGGUGUGUCAGGUGCCUCAGGAUGAGCUGCCUGAUCUCCGCAGCUGCAGCCUGCAGGCUUCCAUUGACACCAUGACCAUCAAGUGUAAAGUAAAUACAUUUUCUCCACUGACUGUGAAAGUACAGUUUCAGGAGGAUGACGGUAGUGUUAUUGAGCAUAUUUUGAAGAGUGGGUUGGCCAAACCUUCUCAAUGCAACAACGAGACAACAAUUGAAGGUCCUGUAGAGUAGAUUUCCACCUCUAUCUAAAUUUACAAUCAUUUGUUUAUGUGAAUUUAGUCUUUCCUCAUACUAAGAGUCACAUUCUGACUGUCAGAGUCAAUACUGUAAACAAACCCCUAACUCAGCAGCUGAUAACCAGUAUACAUGAAUGCUGCUGAAUGAUAAGAGGGGUGGAUGAACCUUUUCUUACAAGGUUCAAAGUUCAACCCACUAUUUUUUAAGAUCCUGUCAGCGCAAAAAGGAACUGUGAGUAACAUGUUAAUCAUCUGCCAACAUGUGUUUGGAUUGUACUGUGUUUAACAUCCAGUAGAUGCCUCUGGUUCUCCUCUUUAUGUACACAGUGCAUGACUGUCUUCAGCCUUCUUGAUAACGAGUGAGCUGAGGUUGCAAGGACAAGGAAGUAUUAUCAAGACAGUGCAGAAUGUUUGACUAUUUCAAUACAGGCUGUGUAACUUGAAAUAAUCAAUACGUUUUGGAAAAGCAGCACAUGUUAAAAAUGUCAAUAAAUUCACUUUUACCAUUUAGAAAAGGCAGGAAACAUUGUCUUUCCUAAAGGCAAAAAUAUACAUAAUUCUUGUGUCAUUUGGUCAUAUGGUUUUAGCAAAUGAACUUACUUUCUUUAAUCUGGAGCUUUUGUAAAAAAAAAAAAAAAAAAAAAAACUAAAAAAAAAACUUUUUUUUUUAACUGUAUGGAACACAAAUGCAAAAAAAAAAAAAAAAAAUAUGUACAAAGCAACGAAAAUGUUCACACUUCAGAGGUUUUUCUCACCUGAACAUUUUAACACCUUAACCCACCAUUCACACACCUUACUUCCUUCAUCAUCCAUCAUCGCACAGUGAGUAUUCAGUGGUGAAAAUUAAUUUCAAAUGAAACAGGAGAGUGGACUAAAGCAAAAAAAAAGAAAGAAAAAAAGUGGAAAAUUAAUGGUUUUAAGAAUUUAACCUUUAAAAUAUCUAAAAAGAUCAAAGUGCAGCAAUUUAUAAAAGGUGUUCAUUUCCAGUAAUACUGAUAAAUAUACAAUUUAUGAAGAGAUUCUUGACUUUGCUAAGUCUUUUUCAUCAAAUUCAGAGGAAGGGAAAAGAUGAUAAGUGGAGUUGCAAGAAUUAUGAAGGACUUCAGAGCUUCUUUAAAAGUUGAUCGAGAGUAGUCAGUCACCAUCCUCUGAGACUCCCCUCAUCACCCCAUUGCUCCUGAAUACUGAGAAGGAUGAUAUAGAGUGAGAGUGCAGCAGGGAGGAGGGAAGCCUCAACACAACAAGGCCCACAGAUGGCUACACCUUGAAUGCAGCACUCUAACCCACAGUUAAUAAGGGUCAAAGGCCAGAGGGUCGAUUGGGUCCUCGGUUCGAGUUGAAUGACAUCACAAUUCAAAUGACAAAAAGUGGUGGCUGUCUUACUUCCAGAGUUCGGAGGGAUGGCCUCAAGAGUAGGUAAUCCUCUUGACCAAAACUGUAGGGUAAAAGAACAUUUAACAUUUAAAGUACAGCGCUGUUAGCUAAUGAGCACCAAGACAUGUGGAAGUCAUUAAAUGCAUGUUUAUUUUCAGUAAGAGCAGAAGGGUUCAAAGUUAAUAACAUAUAAAUGAUUUAGAACAGCUAAAAGAAGAAACUGAACAGGAGACAAACAAACCACCUUCACCCAUAAAUAUGGAUGAAAUGUAUUAUUUUUGAUGAUUGCUAUUAAUAAAACUGACUGCUAUGA